AAUGCAGCAGUUGGCGGAGGAGAAGUUUGUUAAUCUGUUGGACGAGAGGAGAAAGGACUGCGAUAUCGUAUGGGUGUCGCGUUCUAUGACACCCUUGGCUCCUCACAAAUUGCCAUCAGAGCUCGUUUAUACAAGGAAGCAGGCUCUUAACGCAGCUUUAUCGGAUCCCAAGGUCCUGGGGAUAGUUUCAGUAGUAGCGAAGAGUAGAGGCAUACCAGCGUCGACGGUAUUGGCAGAAGCUAAGACUAUGCUUCAAGAGAUGGCGAGUAAAGCGCAUAUGCCAACAGUCAGAUGGCUGGGCUUAAUUAUAACAAAAGUCAUGAAGAGAAUCCUUAUAAGUAUAAAAUUAAACGAGAGUUAUAUUUAUAGAAUUAAGAACCAAAUGUGUGCUUCUAGUAUCCAAUACGUUUAUACACCAACACAUAGAAGCUAUUUAGAUUUUAUUUUACUUUCGUAUAUUCUUUUUUCAUACGACAUGGCAUUACCAAAUAUUGCGAGUGGAAUGGAUUUCUAUCAAAUGAGAAUCGUCGGAGAAUUAUUAAGACAAACGGGAGCCUUUUAUAUGAGACGAAGUUUUGCCUCCGAUCCUCUGUAUAAGGAAAUAUUUCGAGCUUACGUUGGCUCGUUGGUUGCUCACAGCAACAGAGCCAUAGAGUUUUUCAUCGAAGGCACGAGAAGUCGAAGCCAGAAAACUUUAUUACCAAAAUUUGGUUUACUGUCUACAAUGUUGGAAGUUCAAUUACAGAGCAAAGUGAUCGAUAUUCAAUUCAUUCCAAUAAGUAUUUCAUACGACAAGCCACUCGAGGAAUUGCUAUUUGUCUACGAGCUUCUAGGAGUACCAAAGCCGGUUGAAAGUACUACAGGAUUAUUCCAGUCACUCUCUAUACUACGAGAACCAAUGUCACACGGUCAUGUCUAUUUGAAUAUUGCACCACCCAUAUCAGCACGCGAUUAUGUGGAUAUGGAAAUUCGAAAAGCAUGUUCAUUAUCACCGAAUGCAAAGUUGCCCAUUCAAAUAGUGAAAAAUGUUGCCUACGCCAUUAUUAAUUGCCAUAAGCGCAACACCAUACUAACUCCAUUCAAUCUCAUUUCCUUACUUUACAACGAACGAAUGUAUUCUCAUCCCAAUGAUUGUUAUUCCUUGGACGAUUUGCUUCGUGAUUAUAAAUGGCUAAAAAAGAUUUUCGUCGAGAAAUUUGAAGUGUCGGUGAAUCCCGUAGUUUCGCGUAAUUCAAAGGCAAAUAGCGAGACACACGACGACUUGGAGAAACAGGAAGUUUUCGAGUCAUUGCAAACGCAUAAAAAUUUAAUGGAACUGAAUUCCGAGCAGAAAUUGAAACUCAAACCCCGACAUAAUAAUGUUACCCAGUUAAAAAAUGUCAGGGGAUUUUUACUUAAACAAGAAACUUUGAACAUUGCUGUACCAGCUGUCAACUUAAUGAUAUAUGUUAAUCCUGUUUUUGCGCACCUGGCAAAACCAGCGAUAGCAGCUUUAUGUAUCAAUCGCUCGUCCAGAGAAAAUGCAGCUAAACGCUAUUUAUUAUUAAGAUCUUUAUUCAGUAUAGAAUUUGCUUUAGUACCUGAUUUGACUCAAUUAGAAUUGCUAAGAGAAUGGGAAGAAAUUAUUGAAUUUUUAUCAAAAGAAAUUAGUGAUAUCGGAUUACACUCCAUUUUAUGUAAUUUAGUUAUACCAUUUGUUUCUAGUUUAUACGUCAUUUGUAAAAUUUUUUUAGAGUGGAAAAGUUCGUUACAGUGUGUGGAAAAAAAUAUUCUUAAAGAAUGCCAAAGACUCGUGGAAGAAUUGUUAUACGAAGAAAUGUCAUUAAUCAAUCAUCCGUACUCGCUCACCUUAGAUACAUAUGCAUCUUUACUAUCUAGUCUUGUUAAAAGAGAAAAUAUUGUUUUAGAUAAAAGUGGAGUUUAUACACCUAAUAAUAUUACUGAUCUCCAGGACAUACUUGUUGAUUUAGAGGAUAUUUUAAAACAAUCUUAUGUGAAUGUGUUUUCCUCUUUCAGUCCAGAGGAAAUACCAAAUCUCCAAGCUAAACUAUAGUCAUAAUAAA